CUUGAAGGCAACACUCGUGAACGGAGGCGCGGCGGUGUGUGCAGGACAGUCCACAGACGCAGCGAGGAGAGAGCCCGUCGCUGGAGGAACGCGCACCAACCCCCCCCAAAACACCCUUAUGGCUGCUUGAGAAAUAACGAUACACCCCCCCUUCCCCCCUUUUUGUCCUCUUUUUGGGACUUUCUGUUUUUUUUCGCGAGUCCUAAAUUAGUUUGCUCCGAGUUGAGAAACAAAAAGAAAACGUAAGAAAAUAAAAGAGGUGAAUCCACCGGCCGUGGACGCGUGUCUCCAGCGGUCAUGGAGACCCAUAUAAGAUGGAAAGUUAAACGGAGGAUACGGGACGCCCAGAUCACGGCAGCGGUCAUCCUGCUUUUUGUCACAUCGCAAGCCAGUUCAGUGGAACCAGCUGACCUCUUGAAGGUUUUAGAUUUCUCCAGUUUACCCGACGGCGUUCAGCUGACAACGGGCUUCUGCUCACACCGGAGGUCAACACAAGGACCCGAUGUGGCCUACCGGGUCUCCAAAGAGGCCCAGCUCAGCGCCCCCACCAAGCAGCUGUAUCCAGGUAACGUGUUCCCGGAGGACUUCUCCAUCCUGGCCACGGUGAAGCCGAAGAAGGGCAGCCAGUCCUUCCUGCUGUCGGUGUACAACGAGCAGGGCAUCCAGCAGCUGGGCCUGGAGGUGGGCCGCUCGCCGGUGUUCCUGUACGAGGACCACACGGGCCAGCCCGGCCCCGAGGACUACCCCCUCUUCAGAGGAGUCAACCUGGCGGACGGAAAGUGGCAUCGAGUGGCCAUCAGCGUGUACAAGCAGACCAUCACCCUCAUCCUGGACUGUAAGAAGAAGGCGAGCCAGAAGCUGCUGCGCAGCGCCCACCCCACCAUCGACACCAAGGGCAUCGUGGUGUUCGGCACCCGCAUCCUGGACGAGGAGGUCUUCGAGGGAGACAUCCAGCAGCUGAUGAUCGUAGCCGACCACCGCGCCGCCUACGACUACUGCGAGCACUACAGCCCCGACUGCGAAGUGCCCGCGCCCGAGCAGCCCCAGAACCAGGACCCAAACACCGACGACUACAACACAGAGGACAGCUACUACUACGAAUACCCCUACUAUGAGGACGGGGAAUUCUUUCCUGUGGACUCAACGUCGGAUGCUGAGGCAAAAAAAGAAGUAAAGGAGAUAGAUGCUGACAGCACGUCCAAGUUGGAGGAGGUCCUGAGGGGCUCCGGUGCCACCGUCGAUAAGGUGUUGACCAGCUCCUCCUCCACUGGCUCCUCCUCCUCCUCCAGCAGCUCAUCCACGGGCACCGCCACCGAUGGAGGAGACGCCUACGGAGAGGACACCAGCCCCUACGAGAGCUACGAUGGCUACGGGAACUACGAGAACUACGACGAGGUCACGGCGAAGCCCGACGGCGACGCCUCUCGGCGCGUCACCAUCACCGGCAGCGAGCUGGACCUGGAUCUGGGUCUGGACGCCGGCGGAAAAGUCGACCUGGCCACGGGGACCGGAAUCGAGAAGAUCAUCGGCGCCGGUGGAGGAGGAUCCCCGUUUACCGUCACCACCACUAAGACAUCGGGAGUAACUUCCUACGAUGACUACACCGGGGAGUACGAUUAUGGCGUGGACGGCAAAUACACCACCGGAGGAGGCGGUGGCAGCAGCACAGUGCACCUUGGAGGUGGAGGUGGCAGCAGCACUAUCAACCUUGGAGGUGGAGGUGGAGGUGGCAGCAGCAGCAGCAGCAGCAGCACUAUCAACCUUGGAGGUGGAGGUGGAGGUGGCAGCAGCAGCAGCAGCAGCACUAUCAACCUUGGAGGUGGAGGUGGAGGUGGCAGCAGCAGCAGCAGCACUAUCAACCUUGGAGGUGGAGGUGGCAGCAGCAGCAGCAGCACUAUCAACCUUGGAGGUGGAGGUGGAGGUGGCAGCAGCAGCAGUUCUACCAUCACCAUCGGGGGCGGCUCUACCGGAGACGGCUCCGUCUCCUUGGGAGGAUCUUCCACCACCGGAGGCGACUCGGCCGGCGCCGGCGCGGGAGGCGUGGGCGUGGACGGCGUGGACGGCGACUACGCGGAUCUGGACUACGGCUUCAAGGAGGACCUCGUCCCCGACUACGACGACUUGGACCUGUACUACGACUACGGCGACCUGAACUACAACGAGAAGGAGGGCAAGAUCCUGCCCGCCGUCACCGACCAGUACUACGGACAGGUCGACGGAGCCCGUGGAGAGAAGGGACAGAAGGGAGAGCCUGCUAUCAUUGAGCCUGGGAUGCUGGUGGAGGGUCCGUCUGGGCCUGAAGGGCCGGCAGGUCUCCCCGGACCCCCAGGUGCUUCUGGCCCACCAGGCAGUUCUGGAGAUUCUGGAGAGAGGGGUCUUCCGGGUCGCUCUGGUCUUGCCGGUGCCGACGGUUUGCCGGGAAGUCCCGGAACGGUGCUGAUGCUGCCUUUCAGGUUCAGCUCCGGAGGCGACUCCAAUCAGAAGGCACCUCAAAUAUCAGCGCAGGAGUCCCAGAUGCAGGCCAUCAUGCAGCAGGCCAGGAUGGCGAUGCGCGGUCCUUCAGGUCCGAUGGGUUUGACUGGCAGGUCCGGCCCUCUGGGUCCUCCUGGGGUAUCGGGACUGAAGGGGGAGUCUGGAGAUGGAGGCCUUCAGGGACCACGUGGACCUCUGGGUGGUUAUGGACCCUCCGGAAAGCCCGGCAGACGGGGUCGCUCUGGAUCCGACGGUGCCAGAGGCAUGCCGGGGCAGUCUGGACCCAAGGGAGACCGAGGGUUCGACGGCCUGUCCGGACUUCCCGGUGAAAAAGGACACAGAGGCGAAUCUGGACCUUCCGGACCUUACGGGGGUCAUGGAGAGGACGGAGAAAGGGGAGAUGAUGGAGAGAUCGGGCCCCGGGGACUUCCCGGUGAAUCAGGGCCCCGUGGUUUGCUGGGACCCAAAGGACCUCAGGGACCCCCAGGACCCCCCGGCGUGACUGGAAUGGACGGCCACUCUGGACCCAAAGGAAACAUCGGACCUCAAGGAGAGCCAGGACCUCCUGGACAGCAAGGCAACUCAGGUACCCAGGGACUCGCGGGGCCCCAAGGAGCCAUCGGGCCUCCGGGAAACAAGGGUCCUACAGGUAAACCAGGCUUGCCGGGAAUGCCAGGAGCAGAUGGCCCUCCGGGUCACCCCGGAAAGGAGGGGCCUAAUGGAGAGAAAGGACACCUGGGCCCUGCUGGUCCUCAAGGACCCAUUGGUUAUCCCGGGCCCCGAGGCGUGAAGGGCGCGGAUGGCGUGCGAGGACUGAAAGGACACAAGGGUGGAAAGGGAGAAGACGGCUUCCCCGGCUUCAAGGGAGACAUGGGCCUCAAGGGCGACCGGGGAGAGCUCGGACCUUCAGGGCCUCGAGGAGAGGACGGUCCCGAGGGGCCAAAGGGUCGAUGGGGUCUCCCAGGAGAUUCUGGUCCGCUGGGAACAAACGGCGAGAAGGGUAAACUUGGAGUCCCCGGAUUGCCCGGAUACCCAGGAAGACAAGGACCGAAGGGAUCUCAAGGUUUCCAAGGUUUCCCAGGCGCCAACGGAGAGAAGGGAACUCGGGGAACAGCAGGAAGGUCUGGCCCACGCGGACAAAGAGGACCGACGGGACCUCGAGGAGAGAGAGGACCGAGGGGCCCGACGGGGAAAACCGGACAAAAGGGUAACUCUGGAAACGACGGACCCCCGGGACCGCUCGGCGAGAGGGGUCUGCCAGGUCCUCAAGGACCAACAGGCUUCCCAGGACCAAAGGGACCUCCUGGUCCUUCAGGCAAAGACGGACUGCCCGGACACCCUGGACAGAGAGGAGAGACGGGAUUCCAAGGCAAGACCGGCCACCCUGGCCCCCCCGGCGUGGUCGGACUUCAGGGACCAACAGGUGAAACUGGACCAAUGGGAGAUCGAGGUCACCCUGGACCCCCGGGCCCACCUGGUGAACAGGGUCUACCGGGAGCUGCAGGGAAAGAAGGAGCCAAGGGCGACUUCGGUCCCGCUGGCCCGGCAGGUAAGGACGGCCCCCCAGGACCCCGAGGGUUCCCAGGAGAGAGAGGACUGCCCGGCCCCGUGGGGGCUCACGGCUUGAAAGGGAGCGAAGGACCUCACGGACCACCUGGCCCUGCCGGUUCUCCAGGAGAACGGGGUCCUGCUGGCUCAGCGGGUCCUACAGGACUACCCGGACGUUCUGGUCCCCAGGGACCCCCAGGACCCUCCGGAGAGAAAGGAGGCCCGGGAGAGAAAGGACCUCAAGGCCCAGCUGGUAGAGACGGUAUUCAAGGCCCUGUGGGUCUGCCGGGACCUGGAGGACCCCCGGGACCAUCUGGAGAGGACGGCGACAAGGGGGAGCUCGGAGAGUCGGGACAAAAAGGAGGCAAGGGUGACAAAGGAGAGCAUGGUCCACCUGGUCCCACUGGCCCUCAAGGGCCCGUCGGAGCCCCCGGUCCUGCUGGUGCAGAUGGCGAGCCCGGUCCCAGAGGUCAGCAGGGCCUGUUCGGCCAGAAGGGAGACGAAGGGUUAAGAGGAUUCCCCGGACCCCUCGGUCCAGUCGGGCUGCAGGGUCUGCCUGGUCCACCUGGUGAGAAAGGUGAAACUGGAGACGUUGGCCAAAUGGGUCCACCCGGCCCCCCUGGUCCACGAGGGCCCUCUGGAGCCCCAGGAGCCGACGGCCCUCAGGGACCUCCCGGUGGUAUCGGAAACCCGGGUUCUGUUGGAGAAAAGGGAGACGCCGGUGAGACCGGAGUGCCCGGUCUUCAGGGAGAACUCGGGCCCCCGGGUGCGCGAGGCGAGCGAGGAGAGAAGGGAGAGUACGGUCCGGCUGGUACAGCCGGACCUCCGGGCCCUAAGGGCCCCCCAGGAGACGACGGUCCCAAAGGAAGCCCGGGUCCGAGUGGUUUCCCCGGUGACCUGGGCCCCCCCGGAGAGCCCGGUACAGCCGGAUUAGACGGACCCGCCGGAGACAAGGGAGACGACGGAGAGGCCGGUCAAGCUGGUUCCCCUGGACCCACCGGAGAGUCGGGUCCAUCUGGACCACCAGGAAAGAGGGGCCCCCCUGGAGUUUCAGGACCUGAGGGCAGACAAGGAGAGAAGGGCACCAAGGGGGAGUCAGGCAUGGAAGGUUCCCAAGGAAAGACGGGGCCCGUCGGCACUCAGGGAUCGCCCGGCAAGCCCGGUUCUGAAGGCCUGCGCGGCAUCCCCGGCCCGGUGGGAGAGCAAGGUUUUCCUGGUUCUCGGGGUCCAGACGGACCUCCUGGUCCCAUGGGACCCCCCGGCCUACCCGGCUUGAAAGGAGACUCCGGCAUCAAAGGAGAGAAGGGCCACCCGGGUCUCAUCGGUCUCAUCGGGCCCUCAGGUGAACAGGGAGAGAAGGGGGACCGAGGUCUCCCGGGUCCACCGGGGUCUCACGGGUACAAGGGGGACAACGGUAUCUCCGGUCCUUCUGGUCCCCUCGGUCCUCUCGGUCCUCCUGGACUACCUGGUCCUCCGGGUCCCAAAGGAGCCAAAGGGUCUUCAGGUCAUACCGGACCAAAGGGAGAGACCGGUACCUCCGGACCCCCCGGACCCCCCGGCCCCCCCGGCGAUGUCAUCCACCCGCUGCCCAUCAUGUCCUCCAUGAAGGGCAGGAACCGGCGGAACAUCGACGCCAGCCAGAUGUCGGAGGACGGCGCCGCGGCGGACGCCAACUACAAAGACUACGACGACGGCAUGGAGGAGAUCUUCGGCUCGCUCAACUCGCUGAAGCUGGAGAUCGAGCAGAUGAAGCAUCCGAUGGGAACGCAGAGCAACCCGGCGCGCACCUGCAAGGACCUCCAGCUGUGCCACCCCGACUUCCCCGACGGUGACUACUGGAUCGAUCCCAACCAGGGCUGCUCUCGGGACUCCUUCAAGGUUUACUGCAACUUCACAGCCGGCGGAGAGAGCUGCAUCUACCCCGACAAGAAGUCUGAAGGGGCUAGGCUCACAUCCUGGAUCAAGGAGAGUCCCGGCUCUUGGUUCAGUGAAUUCAAACGUGGUAAACUGCUUUCCUACGUGGAUGCGGAGGGCAACCCCAUCAGCGUGGUCCAGAUGACCUUCAUGCGGCUGCUGAGCGCGUCGGCCCGACAGAACAUGACGUACAACUGCUACCAGUCGGUGGCGUGGCACGACCAGAGCGGCGACAACCACGACAAGGCCGUCCGCUUCCUGGGCUCCAACGACGAGGAGAUGUCCUACGACAACAACCCCUACAUCCGCGCCGUGGUCGACGGCUGCGCGUUGAAAAAGGGUUAUGGGAAGACGGUGCUGGAGAUCAACACACCGAAAGUGGAGCAGGUGCCGUUCGUGGACAUCAUGUUCAACGACUUUGGCGGCUCCAUGCAGAAGUUCGGGUUCGAAGUCGGCCCCGUCUGCUUCGUGGGCUGAGACUGUUUUGUUUUUUUACCCGGAAAAAACGCAACGGAGAAAAAGAGAAAAAAAAGAGAAAGGGAGGAAAAAAAGCAUACUAUUUGGUUUUUUUAAAUUACAAAAAAGAAUAGGACAAUUCUAUUUGUAAAAAAAGAAAAAGAAAAAAAAAAGAGUAUCUUUUGUUUUCCAUAAAGCAACAAGUGUGAAUGACGGGGAGUCGAGUCGAGAACGCAGCGAAAUUUCGAGAUGGAAGACGAAAUGAACCUCGGAAAAAAACAACCUCAGUGUGCCUUCUUCUUCCAUCACAUGCACGUUUUGAAACCGGAUGUCAGAGCCUCACACACACACACACACACACAGCCCCAUGUCAUCACACUUGAUUUCAACGUUAAACAAGGAGGGCGGCCCCGAGACCUGCAGCCGUUCACCUGUAGCCGGCUCCAUUGGAUUUAGGCUCUUUUCUCUUCUCCACUUCUGAUCUCAUGAUUUUCAUGUUUUUCAUUUUCAUCAACAGCUUCUUUUUUUUCCCACUUGUCUUAUGUUGGUUAAUUUGCUCAUUAGCUACGGGAGCUUUGUUUGUGCAUAAUUCUCUCUCCUCCCACUCCCCCAUUCCCUCGGAAUGAACCUUAUAUAUAUAUAUAAAUAUAUAUAAAUACUUUUUUUAUGUUUGUAAGUACAUUCUGUAUAUUUUCUUUUUUUUUCUUCUUCCUGGUAAUGUUUACUGGCUUCAAAACAUGCAUGUGACUUUUAAUAAAUUGUGAAGCAGGAGACGAUGAAUACGGGGGGAGGACGGGGGGGGGGGGGGGACGACAUCAAAAUUGUCGAGAUUUAUUAUAAAUUUGACUUGUAAAUUGAUAAAAAAUACAACUUAAAACAAACAAAACAUAUUUGGGGGGUCCUGUCUUGUUGUGGAGCACACACCUUGUUGUAAUUUAAGAAUGGAAAUAAAAGCGGAAAACAAGCUCUGUGAUACGAUGUGACCGUUUGAUUGACGUAUAACAUUCAAAACAAAAGAAAGACUGCAUUCCUUUCGCGUGUCAUUAACUUAAUAAAACGGCUUCUACUGUUUUCCUGAAAUACACUUCUAUCUAUGCAACGGGAGAAAACACAAAGAAAUCAAAAACCUAGGUGCUAUUUCCUCUCUUCUCUGGUGCUAUGUAUUUUAUUUCUUCUUUUUUAAUGUUGUUUGAAUGAAAGGAAGUUUGUGAGGUGAUAAUAUUGCAUCACCAGCGGCCCCCACACGGCUCGUAAGACGCCGCGUGGCGGCGGGAUCAUCGUGGACUCGGGGCCAAAGCCGAUAAAGGGACUCUAAACUCUCCCAGGUAUAUGUUUAGCUUUAUUUGUGUUGUAUGGGAAACAACAGUAGAAGCAGGUCACUAAAUUAGCCAGAUACCAAUUUUUUUUUUUACCCCUUAUUGUAAUUAUGCUCUUUGUUCAAAACUAUGCACUCUCUUUGCUUAUGACCACUAGUAUCUACCACAUUGUCACAGCCCUUUGGUUUCCUUUCCUGUUUUUUUACAUUUUUAUUGUUUUACAUCUUCAAAUAUGUGACUUGAAACAUUUCCUGUUAACGAUAAUUCAAUAUGCUUGUAGAUCUUUGGCUUUAUUUCUCAUUGGGGCCCCGAAUUCAAACACUUUCCUCUCAAUAAAAACAAAAAAAAGGAGAAGCAAAUUUCUCUUUGUACAUUUCCAGAACCAUUUUGUUUUGUCUCAGUUUGUAGAUUUGCGUCCGUCUGUCUGUUUGUCUGUUUAUUUGUUUCUUUGUUUUCACAGCUUUUUGUCAAACUUUGUGUGAGGAUAAAAGGAUAGAAGUUCUAUUGUUUUUUUAUGUCAAUAAAUUUAAGUUUACUGUGGCCAUCCACUCUUGUAUGUCUUUUGAAGCAUUAAAACCUAUCUGUAUGCAUGAAAUUGUAAGUUUUUUUAUAUUCAUCGGAACACCUCAGCUUUUUCAACGAUGGAUACAAAAAAGAGUCAUAUCCACGAUUGUGAAGUGGAGAGAAAAUGAUGAACUUGUAACUCGACCAAAGCCAAAUGUUCCUUUGUAGUAUAUUUAUUGUAUUAUUUAAAAAAUAAAUGUUAAAUAUGACACCAUA